AUGGUUCACCACAUCACAUCAAACGACGAGCUAUCACAGCUCCUCUCAUCAACAACAUACGUCACCGUCGACUUCUUUGCUGACUGGUGUCCUCCCUGCAAAGCUAUCGCCCCUGUUUAUGAGACCCUCGCUACAAAGCACAGCGUCGGCAAUGUGCUGGCCUUUGCCAAGGUCAACGUGGACCACGUACAGGAUGCUGCCCGCCAGUACGGCAUCACAGCUAUGCCCACAUUUCUCUUCUUCAAGGAUGGCAAGCAAGUUGCUGUGAACGGUCAGGUCGCUAUCAAAGGCGCUGAUCCGCGUGCUCUUGGUGCUGCUGCCGAGAAACUCAGUGGCCUAGCGCAGAAGCGAGUCGCUGGUGCGUAG